CUUCACCCCUUUGGUUGCCAGCUACCACUGGCCCUGUGAACCGAGCUGCUGGCCUCCUGGGCGCUUUCUCCGUCGCUCUUCUCGCGGCCGUCGCGGCCUUUUCGCGGGGCGCCAUGUGUUAUGGCAGCGCGAAGCCCAUUUUCAUGUCGGAUGCCCCUGGCUUCCUCCAACGGCAACGUGCACGCGCUGCCAAGCACUUGGUGAGCGAACAUGCAGGAACCAUCACCUGCCGCUGCCAGAAGUGCAUUUUAGCCGCAGAGGCACGCACAGGUCCCACCAUCAGCAGCGAAUGGCCACUGCCGCCCGUAAAAUCGGCGGAGGACAGUGCUGGCUUCCUCACCGUUGGGCAGGUGCGUGCUGUACCAAGUCGUACCCUGCGGGAGCAGAAGGGAACCAGUGGCCGGUUGGAGGAGUCGCUGGUGCAGCGGGACUUCACCUGGCUCCUGCGCGUGAUGUCGGAGCUUUCGCCCUCGGAGGGCGGCGGCCUGGCGGGCACCCUGAGCUACGACGGCGUGUGGACGCCGGACCCACGCUCGCUGCAGGGGAAGCUGGGGAUCUUGGUGCCAGAGACGGUGAUCUUGGAAAAGGGGAAGCCCAAGAGGCGCUAUUUCCUCGACGCCGCCGGACGCAUCGGCGUGGUGCGGAUGAAGACCAGUGCCGAGCUCCUUCGUGUCUUGAGAGACUUCGUGCGCCGAGCUGCUGCGCAGCAUAACGAGCGCCAGGAGAGACGAAGCAGCAUGCGUCGCUCCUCUCGCUCCGAGCCCAGCCUGGCCCGCGCCUUGAGUCCGGCGGCCGACGCCAAGUCCACGGAGACGCCGAGCGCGCUACGGCAGAUCGAGGUGGCGGCCUUGCAUUACAAUGAUGGCCUAUCCAGACAGAUGAUGCUGGCCGAAGCUGUGAGCCAGAUCAAGGGUGCCAGUAAGCUGCCGCGGGAGUUCUGGCAACGCAUGCGGAUGUUGCAGGUGCCCAUCCUGAGUGCCUAUCCCAACAUCCCCGUGAGGUACAUCGCCUACAGCUUCGACAUCAACAGCGGCGGCUUAGCGCCGCAGGAGCCCAUGCCCUUGGGUGGCGGGGCUCGGAUCGAGCUGCGGACCAUGGGGAAGCACUCCCAGCAGGCCGAGUCGGAGGUGGCGCGGAUGGCCGCGGUGCCCAAGGCCUUGAACGAGUUCUUAAAGUCCAAGGCGCGCCGGGUGCGAAUGGAGAUCGUGAAGGGUCUCUUCGAGUUCGUGCUCGACGAGGGCGACAGCACCCUGUGGCUGGCCAACGCCAGCAAGCUUCGGUGCCGCUUCCUGCCGAAGACGGCGCAGGACGGAGUCCACGACGAGACCCUGAAGUCGGAGGUGCUCUUCUUCGAAGAGGAGGACUUCGAAGAGGAGAUGCGAGAGACGGAGAGUGUCAUUGAGUAUCUGAAGAAGCGCUUCGGCGGCGACCCGGGCGUGGCCUCCGGCGGCAAUGGCGUGCGAGGGAUCGAGGUCAGUGCCUCCGACCAACUGGCGGGUGUUGGCGUGCCCAGCAAUCUGGUGAACUUCUACGAAGAGGAAGAGAAGAUGCUACGGUACUACGAAGACGAAGUCCGCAUUAUGGCACUCCGGCGCGAGCGGCUGCCGCAGCACGAGAGCAAGGCGGUGGGCUUGGGCUGCUGGUUCCGCCGUUGGGUCAAGGCGGUGAAGGGCGUGCGACCCCCGCAGGGCUUCCGAGCGCUGAGAGCCUAGCGGCCUAGCGCGGUGCGGCUAGCGGCGUCGCGCGGCCGUCCCGGCCGUUUUUUUUUCUUCCCGAAAGGGCGCCUGAAGGCGACUUCUGGAGGGGUUUGUAGGAAGUAGGGCCGAGAAGGGGGUCAGGAGAUUUCUAUGGUGACACGGGUGAACCGUUCAUUUCGGAUCUGUCCACCUGAUGUUGAAACCCUA